UUAACAUAAAGCUCCAUUUCAAACUGUGUUCGUGUUUCAUUUAAUUUGUUUAUUUUUAAAACAGAAUUGGAUAAAAUUGCGUGAAUAUGGACGCGUGUUUAACGGAGGCAUGCAGCAGUGGGGAUGAACAGAGACCUGCGGGCGUCAGAAUUGUUGUUCUGAACCUACCAGAAGACGAGGGCGAGGGUCUCGGAUUUAGAUUGACUAGGACCCUUUGGGAUCCAUACCCUUGGGUUCGUGAAGUGACUCGUGGAGCGAGAGCAGACUUAGCAGGAUUGAGAGCCGGUGACUGCUUGUUACAAGCUGAUGGAAAGGAUUUAUUAGGAAUGCCGGUUGGUCAAGUAGCAGGUUUAAUCAGAGGGGAUGGUACUGGAGGUGGCGUCACACUUCUAGUGUGGAACUGCGGCGUAGAUCCAAAUGAUGAUCCAGAGUUACUCUGGAGUUGUGGAGGAGGUUCCCGUGGGGAGAAGUCGCGACGUGCACUAGCCGGAGUCCUGAAGGCUCUAUCGUGCUGCGUGUGCGCAGCCACCGCCACUAAAGCAUUGACAUGCGCAAGAUCACAUUUAUAUUGUGAAGCCUGUUGGAGCAGAUUAGAGCGUUGCGCUUUAUGCAGAGAGAAUUUACCAUCUAAGGAUUCUCCGUAUUCAAGGAAUUUGGUAGCUGAACAGGUAUUCGAAGCGAUAGCAACAGAAUACGAAAUAAAAGAUACGAUUAGAAGAACUUCUAAAUGCACUUCCGCGUACACAUCUCCUGAGAGAUCUCCUAAUAUAUCUCCAACUACAAGUAGGAGAGGUCAAUAUCAACUCUCAAUGAUGAAUAGAAGCAAAAGAAAUUUACAAUCAAUUGACAAAUUCCCAUCAGACCCUAACAUACAUCGUACACUUGGCAACAAACAUUCUACAUUACCAACAAUUCCUACUCAAACAGUAGAUUAUUUAUCUACUGGCAACAUUGGAAAUGUCAACUGCAACUGUCACAACAGAUUAAAUAAUGAUAGACAACAAGGAAAUAUGCCACAGAUACUUGUAGAAGAUACGGAAGUUGAUAAUAAUAAUUGUACAUUAAAUAGUAAUAAAACGAUACAGCAUAAAUUAGUAGCGAAAUUACGACAGGCUUGUUCUAUGGCGGAUCUGCAGAAUACAGCAGUUUCUGCAUGUUCAUUGUCAAAGUCAUUAAACAAUGUUAGCUUAGGAAAUCAAUGUUGCAACAAUGGCGGACAUAGUAACUCUUUAGAAAACUUUAAAUCGAAUAUCGCGGCUUGUGUUCCACCUGUCUACGUGUUAGCGCCACAACCUAUUUACCUUUUAACUUGCGAUCAUAUUAAAAAUUAACCUAAGUACAAUGUGCCAUGUAGUUAAGUUUUUAUAAACGUAAUUUUAAGCCGAUUUAGAAAAGAUAAUGUCUCUUCACGACGUUACCUUGAAACAUAUCUGUAUAUGUAUGCUUC